UGGUAGAGUGCUGACCUUGACUGAAAAGCUAGAGGAUAGCGUCCCGGCCCCGAGUGAGUCAUUCCCAGCGAGGGCGCUGCCCCGUCAGUACCCGGCCUAGCUCUCACCUCCACCGACAGCCACCGAGUCCCUAGAGAGGAUAGCACUGGCCAUGUCACACAGCCUCAGCUUACCCCCAUCCGACCUAGACCCCCCCCCCCCGGGAGCCCCAUGCCCAGCUGGGGAGGACGAGUGCGUGGCCCUGUCCGCGUCCCAUGCACAGAGGCGCUGGCCCAGGACCCGGCCGCCACCAUGAUCAUUGCAGAGCCAGCUUGGAACCAGGCCCUCAGCAUCUGACCUAGAUUCCCCACCAGUGACACUGAGCCUGCGUCCAGGAAACCGCCUCCCGUCCACCCGCCCGCCGGGCAUCACGUCCAGCCCAGGGUAGCAAAAGCAGAGAUAAGCUCUCCCCGACAGGCAGUGCUCUGGCCGUGCGCAGCUCUGGGCCUGGCCGGUGUCCCCAGGCCCCGGAGUGCCUGGCCCGGGGCCUCACCGGGAGCUCCGGGCAGGAAGCCAGCCAUUCCUGCAGACACCAUUGCCCCGCCUCCUGCCCUGAUGAGGAAGGUGCGGCUGCAGGUGCAGAGCGCGGAGAAGCCCCGUUACCGAGGGACCCUGCACUGCUUCCAGUCCAUCAUCAAGCAGGAGAGUGUGCUGGGCUUGUACAAAGGCCUGGGCUCGCCCCUCAUGGGGCUCACCUUCAUCAACGCGCUGGUGUUCGGGGUGCAGGGCAACACCCUCCGCGUGCUGGGCCACGACUCCCCGCUCCACCAGUUCGUGGCGGGGGCGGCGGCGGGCGCCAUCCAGUGCGUCAUCUGCUGCCCCAUGGAGCUGGCCAAGACGCGGCUGCAGCUGCAGGCGGCGGGCCCGGCGCGCGCCUACCGCGGCUCCCUGGACUGCCUGGCCCAGAUCUACCGGCGGGAGGGGCUGCGGGGCGUCAACCGGGGCAUGGUGUCCACGCUGCUGCGCGAGACGCCCAGCUUCGGCGUCUACUUCCUCACCUACGACGCGCUGACGCGCGCGCUGGGCUGCGAGCCGGGCGCCCGCCUGCUGGUGCCCAAGCUGCUGCUGGCGGGCGGCACGGCGGGCAUCGCCUCCUGGCUCUCCACCUACCCCGUGGACGUGGUCAAGUCGCGGCUGCAGGCCGACGGGGUGCAGGGCGCCCCGCGCUACCGCGGCCUGCUGGACUGCGCGCGCCAGAGCUACGCGGCCGAGGGCUGGCGCGUGUUCACGCGGGGGCUCGCCUCCACGCUGCUGCGCGCCUUCCCCGUCAACGCCGCCACCUUCGCCACCGUCACCGCCGUGCUGGGCUGCGCCCGGGGCCCCGCGCCCGCGCCCGCGCCCGAGCACGACGAGGCCGCCCCGGGCCCCGCGCUGGCGCAGCCCUCGGGCCUGUGACCCCGCGCUGGAACCCAGAAUGGGGGGGGGGGGUGCUCGGCCCGGCGCUGCCCCCACCCUCCCGAGGGCCCAGCCUUCUGGAGACUUCUCUCCACCCACGUCACACACACACACACCGACCCGGAACUCGGGCCACCCGUCAGGGAGGACAAGGACAGGUCAGCCCGUCCCAGUCGCUCCAGGCCGGGGCUCCUUGUGGCUGCUGAAGGCAUUGCGGGGCCCUCCCCCAGGCUGCAAAGUGGGGGGACAACCAAGCCAAAGGGAAGGCGACCCCCCGCCCCCCCCCCCAUCACUGCAGCCACUGCGGCCAUUCCCGAGAAACCCUAAGAAAAUAAAGUCGUCCUGUUCCGGAGUGAGCGAGGCCGGCUCCUCUGUGCUCCCACCCUCCGACGCAGCCCGGGGUGCUGUGUG